CUCUCUUCUUCUUCUUACUGAAGAAGUGAACAAAGUCUCACUCUCACUCAGCUACUCUCCCCCCACCCCUCCUCCUUCUCUCCUCCACCACCCAAGAAACCACAAACCAAAAUUAAAAAAUGCGGCUCCUUCUUCUCCUCCUCCUCCUCCUCCAUCUCCACCACUCCCUCGCCGCACGUGAAAUGUCCGAUUACCGCGCCCUCCUCUCCCUCAAAUCUUCCAUAUCCUCCGACCCAAACUCCGUUCUCUCCUCCUGGACCCCCACCACCAGCCACUGCACCUGGACCGGCGUUACGUGCGACUCCCGCCGUCACGUGACCUCCCUCGACCUCUCCAGUCAUGAACUGGUCGGCACUCUCUCCUCUGACAUAGCUCACCUCCGCUUCCUCUCCAACCUCACCCUCGCCGACAACCAGUUCUCGGGUCCCAUCCCGUCCGAGAUCUCGGCCCUCUCUGGGCUCCGCCUCCUCAACCUCUCCAACAACAUCUUCAACACCACCUUCCCUCCUCAGCUCUCCAACCUCACCCGCCUAGCCGUCCUCGACCUCUACAACAAUAACUUGACCGGUGACCUCCCCGUGGCCGUCACCCACAUGACCAGCCUCCGCCAUUUGCACUUGGGCGGCAACUUCUUCUCGGGUCGGAUUCCGCCUGAGUUCGGCCGCUUCCCGCUUCUGGAGUACUUGGCCAUAUCCGGGAACGAGCUUGGCGGCUCGAUACCACCCGAGAUCGGAAAUUUAACCAGUUUGAAAGAGCUCUAUAUGGGGUACUACAACGUCUACGAAGGCGGCAUACCGCCCGAGAUCGGGAACUUAUCACAGCUCGUCCGGCUAGACGCGGCCAACUGUAACUUGACCGGAGAGGUCCCGCGGGAACUGGGUCGGUUACAAAAUGUGGACACUCUGUUUCUUCAGGUCAAUGCCCUUUCUGGGUCGUUGACUGCCGAGCUGGGUUCCCUCAAGAGCUUGAAGUCGAUGGACUUAUCCAACAACAUGUUUUCGGGCGAGAUUCCGGGCUCGUUUUCGGAGCUCAAGAACUUGACCCUUUUGAAUCUCUUCCGAAACAAGCUCCACGGCGCCAUUCCAGAGUUCAUCGGCGACUUGCCGGAGCUCCAGGUUCUGCAGCUAUGGGAAAACAACUUCACUGGUAGCAUUCCUCAGGGCUUGGGCAAAAAUGGAAAGCUUAUAACCUUGGACCUUUCGUCGAACAAGUUAACUGGGACUCUCCCUCCCGAUAUGUGUUUCGGAAAUAAUCUUCAGACUCUCAUCACUCUCGGAAACUUCCUUUUCGGGCCGAUUCCCGAGUCGCUCGGAAAGUGUGGCUCGCUGAGUCGGAUUCGGAUGGGUGAGAACUUCCUCAAUGGGUCGAUUCCGAAGGGUCUCUUUGGCUUGCCCAAGCUCACUCAAGUGGAGUUGCAGGACAAUCUCUUGGCCGGUUCGUUUCCCGAAACCGAUACAAUAUCGCCGAAUCUCGGCCAGAUUAGUCUUUCAAACAACCGGCUUUCUGGGUCUCUGCCGCCGACCAUCGGCAACUUCUCCGGCGUCCAGAAGCUCCUCCUCGAUGGCAACAAGUUCUCGGGUCGAAUCCCAUCCGAGAUUGGGAGACUACAGCAACUAUCCAAGAUCGAUUUUAGCCACAACAAGUUUCUGGGUCCGAUCGCACCCGAAAUCAGCCAAUGCAAGCUCCUGACGUUCGUGGAUCUCAGCCGAAACGAGCUCGCCGGCGAGAUUCCGAAGGAGAUUACAGGCAUGCGGAUAUUGAAUUACCUCAACCUCUCGAGAAACCAUCUGGUGGGUAGCAUCCCUUCGUCCAUAUCCACAAUGCAGAGCUUGACAUCUGUGGACUUUUCCUAUAACAAUCUUUCGGGUUUGGUUCCGGGUACUGGUCAGUUCAGUUACUUCAAUUACACUUCCUUUCUGGGCAAUCCUGAUCUCUGCGGUCCCUAUUUGGUUCCGUGCAAAGAUGGGGUUGCCAAUGGCACCCACCAACCACAUGUCAAAGGGUCCCUUACUGCUUCUCUGAAGCUGUUGCUUGUUAUUGGUUUGCUUUUGUGCUCCAUCAUAUUCGCUGUUGCUGCAAUCAUCAAAGCCCGGUCUUUGAAGAAAGCGAGCGAGUCCCGGGCUUGGAAAUUGACUGCUUUCCAGCGCUUGGACUUCACAGUUGAUGAUGUAUUGGAUUCGUUGAAGGAAGACAACAUCAUAGGGAAAGGAGGGGCUGGGAUUGUGUACAAAGGAGCUAUGCCUAAUGGUGACAAUGUGGCUGUGAAAAGACUACCAGCAAUGAGCAGAGGGUCAUCCCAUGACCAUGGAUUCAAUGCCGAGAUUCAAACUCUGGGUCGAAUUCGACACCGGCACAUUGUUAGAUUACUGGGUUUUUGUUCAAACCAUGAAACAAAUCUUCUGGUCUACGAGUACAUGCCCAAUGGUAGCUUGGGUGAGGUUCUUCAUGGUAAGAAAGGGGGCCACUUGCAUUGGGACACAAGGUACAAAAUCGCCAUUGAGGCUGCAAAGGGGCUUUGCUAUCUUCACCAUGACUGCUCACCGUUGAUCGUCCACAGAGACGUGAAGUCGAAUAACAUCCUUCUUGACUCCAAUUUUGAAGCUCAUGUUGCUGAUUUUGGGCUUGCCAAGUUCCUGCAGGAUUCAGGCACGUCCGAGUGCAUGUCUGCAAUUGCUGGUUCUUAUGGAUAUAUUGCUCCAGAGUAUGCUUACACAUUGAAGGUGGAUGAGAAGAGUGACGUUUAUAGUUUCGGAGUAGUUCUGUUAGAACUUGUUAGCGGCAGGAAACCAGUUGGUGAAUUUGGAGAUGGAGUAGACAUAGUCCAAUGGGUUCGAAAAAUGACAGACUCAAACAAGGAAGGAGUCUUAAAAAUCCUUGACCCCAGGCUCCCUUCAGUCCCUCUCCAUGAGGUUAUGCACGUGUUUUACGUCGCAAUGCUGUGCGUGGAAGAACAAGCUGUGGAGCGUCCAACAAUGCGGGAAGUGGUUCAAAUUCUAACAGAGCUUCCAAAGGCGCCCGGCUCAAAACAGGGAGGAGGAGAUUCAGCAAUAACAGAGUCCUUCCCUCCAUCUGGCACUAGUGCAUCAGAUUCUCCAACUACAACGAGUAACAUGAAAGAUCAUCAACAGCAGGCGCCACCGCAAUCACCGCCGCCUGAUCUUCUUAGCAUAUGAAGUCUUUAGUUUUCUGGGGAUAUUGGAGUGUUUGUUCUAGAUUCCAAGAAUUGUAUUAGCCUUUUUACUGUGUUCUUUUAAUUUUCUUUGGGGUGGGGUUGGUUUGUUCUAACUUUUAAGUUUGAAGUUUUUGGUGUACAGUAGGAUUUGGGGGGGUAUUUUCUUAUAAGUUUGUCUUCUUCUUCAUGCAGUAAGUACCACUGGCUGCUGAUUUCCACUUUCACCUUAUGCUGCUCACUGUUUAUGGCAUGUGUAUGCUUUACUGUU